CUGUUUUUUGGAUCAAACAGGAAACCACAAAUAGUGAAAUUGCAUCCGGAUUGAUUGCAGCUGAAAAGAUGCUGUUGCGGAAACGUUCUGUUCCUUCCCGGAUGUUGACACUCUUGUUGAUUGGCAUUUCAAUGUGUCCCUUGUGUGGUACUACCUGGAGUUUCUUGAUGCUCAAAACCACCCGAGCUCCACCGACCGAUGCUCCAGUGUUGGUUGGAUCAACUUGGCCGGCCUUCCAGGCACAUCGUUCCGGACAUCUUACCAGCAAAGCACUGGGUAUUGCCGGCGCAACAUCGGAGGACCUGAACCUGUUUUUGGACCUGCUGUUGGUGAUCUCGCCCAUGGUGCUCUAUCGCUUCAUUCUCCAAACAGGCCAAAACAGCGGCGCCUCGAAGCCCUUUGGAUUUCAAGAAUGGGAGGACACCCAACAAGAUGGCCGUUAUGUGGAUUUGGUGAAAGCCGUGACUGGCUUGGAUGUUCUGCAGAGGUUGCAAGGCCAGCUUCUGCUUUUGAAUCUGGUGUCAGCCGCGGCAUUGUUCUAUGAUGACUAUGCAGUUCCGAGAGGAGCCCCGGAUUUGACGCUGCCCGGGGAGCCCUUCACUUUCGGCUUCGUGGCCUUGGGUUUGCUGCUGGCGUACAGAGCCUUGCAGUCGCGCACCAGAUUCGCUCGCGCCAGGGACCUGUGGGACGACAUUCUGAACAUCUCCAGGAAUUUGUACCAAAACUACGGCGACAAGCUUCGAAGAGACGAGUUCAUGGAGUUGGCUCGUUGGAUUCCCGCGUCACGUGGAUUUCUCGAAGCAUCCUCCAGGUUCCCCGCGGCCCUGCUCUGGCACCUGCGCCGCGACAGCGACCCGCGCAGCUUGCGGGGCCAGCUGCGGAAGAGUCGGGGCCCGGAUCAUGAAGCACAUGAGGCCGGGAAGGGUCCAGAAAUGCUGUGA